AUGCUCAAGCAGCUCUCUGUUGCCGCCGCCCUCGCGGGUGCUGCUCUCGCGCAGAACACUCCCAGUCUUGCUGACGCUUUGAGGUCGUCGUCCGAACUGUCGACUCUCGCGGGUCUCGUUCCUCAAGAUGUCCUUCAGACACUCAGCAGUGCCAGCAACAUUACUAUUCUAGCGCCUGGAAACUCGGCUUUUGAGAAAGUCAGCCCCCAGUUAUUGUCAUCUCUGACUACCACACCGGGCGCUAUUACUGCCCUCCUCCAGUACCACGUCCUCAAUGGAUCGUACCCAUCAUCUGCUAUCCCAGAACAGGGCGCUUUCGUUCCUACGCUCCUGACCAACAGUUCGUACACCAAUGUCACUGGCGGCCAGGUCGUCCACGCUACGACUGAGGACAACAAGGUUGUCUUCUUCACUGGAAGCCUAAGCAACUCGACUGUCACCACAGCUAACGUCAACUUCACCGGUGGUGUAAUCCACAUCAUCGACACUCUCCUCACCAUCCCUGGCUCUGUCUCCGACAUCGCCACAGCCGCAGGCCUAACCUCCGUCCGCGGCGCCCUCGUCUCCGCCAACCUGGUUGAAACCGUCAACACCACCCCCGACGUAACCAUCUUCGCACCCACCAACCAAGCCUUCCAGAACAUCGGCUCUGCCCUCCCCGGCCUCUCCGCCGACGACCUCACUAAGAUCCUCACUUACCACGUGAUCGCCGGCACAGUCGGCUACUCCACCCGCCUCGCAAACGGCACCUCCCUCGCCACCGUCAACGGCGCCAACGUAACCAUCACCAUCAACGACAACGGCAUCUUCGUCAACAAUGCCGAAGUCGUCAUCGCCGACGUCCUCGUCGCCAACGGCGUCGUCCACGUCAUCGACCAAGUCCUGAACCCCAACAACGCUACUGUUUCCAACGAAGACGACGGUGUCCCCGCAUACUCUGGUGCCACUCCUGUCUCUGCGGCUCCAUUCACCUCGGGCCAGCCUACCCCCUCUGCACCUAUUGGCGGCGGUGCUGGUGCUGGAAACGGUACUCGUCCUACGGGUUCUGGAUCGCCUACUAGCUCUACAGGACUUCCUCAGGCUACUACUAAUGCUGCCCCUGUGCUUGCAGUGUCGGGUGGAUUUGCCGGUCUCCUUGCUGCUGCUGCGUUUUUCUUGUAA